AUGCUUUCUAACAUUAUUCUCAUCGCGACCCUCGCAUCAGCAGGCCUCAUCGAGGGAGCCGCAUUGGAUGUCUCCAAUCAUUUCAAUCUAGUAGCUAGGCAGCGUGGAGGUCAACGAGGCGGCAAGCAAGGCGGCCAACAAGGCGGCCAACAAGGAGGUCAAACAUGCUUGAACAACAACUUGAUCCAGACUGCCAGCACCCUUACUGGUCAGGAACCCGGAACUGAGGGUAUCAAACCCGGCCAAGCACCUUCUGCUGUCGAUAAAGCGAACUUCAUCAACUUCUGCGAAGGUCAAGAACUUACCAACGGCAUGCAGAUUCGGACGGGGUCCUGCAAUGGUAUCCCCAUGGGCAGGAUCCCCGCCCAGACCAACAUGAUCACGGCCGUGAUCACUAACCCUAAAGUCGGCGUCCAAAUCCCCUCUGACACUACGUUCAACAUCGAGGUGCAGACAAAGCACCUCAGCGCCGGUUUCUUCACCAACCCGACAACCAACUACUACACUGCGCCACAAGACCUGGACGAGAAUGGCGACAUCAUCGGCCAUUGCCACGUCACAGUUCAAGACAUUGGUAACAUGCAAGCGACUGAGCCUCCGGACCCGACCACAUUCGCCUUCUUCAAGGGCAUCGACGAUGCUGGAAACGGGCAGGGUCUACUCAAGGCUGUCGUCACAGAUGGACUUCCUGUCGGUAUCUACCGCGUUUGCACCAUGAUUGCGGCACGGAAUCACCAGCCGGUCAAUAUGCCUGUUGCCCAGCGCGGUGCCCAAGACGACUGCACCAAGUUCGAGGUGGUCAAGUCCGGCAACCCGGGGAAGAAGCCUUCGUCGAAUGACAAAAAUGGCAAUGGGAAAAAGAACCAGGACAAGGAAGGUAUCCUCAAAGACAAGGGAGCCAAGGGCAACGGAGCCAAAGGCAAUACAAAUGGCAACGGCAAUGCGAAUGGCAACGUCAAAGGCAAUGCAAAUAGCAACGGCAACGGCAACGCAAAUGGUAACGCCAAUGGCAAUAGCAACGGUAACGCCAAUGGCAAUAGCAACGGUAACGCCAAUGGCAAUAGCAACGGUAACACAAAUGGCAACGGCAAUGUAAAUGGUAACGGCAAUACAAAUGGCAACGGUACCGCAAAUGCUAUUGGCAACGGCAACGGCAACGGCAACGGCAACGGCAACGGCAAUGGAAAUGGAAAUGGCAAUGGCAAUGGCAAGGGUAAUGGUAACGGCAACGGCAAUGGCAACGGCAAUAUAAUUGGCAACGGCAAUGUCAACGGCAACGGUACCGCCAUUGGCAAUGGGAACGCAAAUGGCAAUGGGAACGCAAAUGGCAAUGGGAACGCAAAUGGCAAUGGGAACGCAAAUGGCAAUGGGAACGCAAAUGGCAACGGAAAGGUCGGUGGUGAAGGCAAGGUUGGCGGCGAAGGCAAGGUCGGCGGUGAAGGUAAAGCGGGAGGUGAAGGCAAGGUCGGUGGUGAAGGUAAAGCGGGUGGUGAAGGCAAAGCGGGUGGUGAAGGUAAAAUCGGUGGUGAAGGAAAAGUUGGUGGUGAAGGAAAAGUGCAUGAUACCGAGGCCUUUCUCCUUGGUGCCGAAAGCCGCUCCGUAUUCCUGAGAAUACGAAAGGGGUGUUGUAUGUCUACAAAGAUAAAACUGCUAGACUAG